GUGGAGGUAAAAAAAAGGGAGUGCGCGCGCCACACACGGCUCUGAGGGAGAGAGCGCGAGCGGGCUCGGGUUCACCGGGCGGGCGGAGAGUUCCAGAAGGUUCCACUCGUGGAGCGCGUCGAUGUGGGGCUGGAAAAACCUGCCGUUAUCACCGGCCUGAGAGAAACCUCCGGUAGGGAGUGAGGGGGCUGGCUGGCUGACUGAGGGAGGGCACCAGGCGGGUGGCACCGGGACGCGGCAGUACAGGGACAGGCCGGUUUGGCCCAUGGAUCCGAGUCAGCAGCAGCAGCAGGGAACCGGGACGGGGCCGGGGGCGGCGGUGCCUCGGGCCGGCCACCAGAUCGUGCAUGUCCGGGGGGACUCGGAGACCGACCUGGAGGCUCUCUUCAACGCCGUGAUGAACCCCAAGAACUCGAACGUGCCGCAGUCUGUCCCGAUGCGGCUCCGCAAACUUCCCGACUCGUUCUUCAAACAGCCCGAGCCCAAGAGCCACUCCCGCCAGGCUAGCACAGACGGGCCGAAUGCUCCGCCGCUGCAACCCCAGCAUGUGAGGGCUCACUCGUCGCCGGCCUCCCUCCUCAGCGCCGCCGCUACCGCCGCCGCUCCCCCCGCCUCGGGGUCCUCCGGCUCUUCGGGCUCGGCCUCGCCCGCCGCUGCUGCAGUGUCCCAGGGAAGCGGCUCCUCCCCGGCCUCCGCUCACCUCCGCCAGGCUUCCUAUGAGAUUCCCGACGAUGUACCUCUACCUCCGGGCUGGGAAAUGGCGAAAACCCCCUCGGGCCAGCGAUACUACUUAAAUCACAUCGAACAGACCACAACAUGGCAAGACCCAAGAAAGCCGAUGUCUGUAUUAAAUUCAAAUACUCCUGCCAGCCCAGUGUCUCUGCAGCAGAACCUAAUGAACACAACAUCUUCAGGCCCACUUCCUGAUGGCUGGGAGCAAGGCAUUACCCCAGAUGGGGAGAUUUACUACAUAAACCACAAAAACAAGACCACCUCUUGGUUGGACCCAAGGCUUGAUCCUCGUUAUGCAGUGGACCAACAAAGAUUGACUCAAAGUGCUCCUGUCAAGACACCUCCAUCCAUAGGUCCUCAUAGUCCACAUAGUCCACAAGGUGGAGCAAUGUCAGGUUCGAAUACACAGCAACAGAUGAGAUUGCAACAACUCCAGUUUGAGAAAGAGAGACUUCGACUGAAGCAUCAAGAGCUCCUACGACAGGAAAUGGCCUUACGUAGCCAAUUGCCAAGCAUGGAACAAGAUGGCAGCCCCCAGACUCCAGUUUCUUCACCUGCGAUGUCCCAAGACAUGAGGACAAUGACUACCAACAGUUCAGAUCCAUUCCUUAAUAGUGGAACAUACCAUUCCAGGGAGGAAAGUACAGACAGUGGACUUGGCAUGAGCAGCUACAGUGUACCAAGAACACCUGAUGACUUUCUUAACAGCGUCGAGGAAAUGGAUACAGUUGAAAGCCUUGGUCCAAAUAAUAUUGGGUCUCAGCAAAAUCGUUUUCCUGACUACUUGGAAACUAUCCCUGGUACUAAUGUGGACCUUGGGACACUGGAGGAAGACAGCAUGAAUGUAGAAGGAGAAGAAUUAAUGCCAAGCCUACAGGAGGCACUGAGCUCUGACAUUCUCAAUGACAUGGAGUCUGUCCUUGCUGCCACGAAGAUAGAUAAGGAGAGCUUCCUGACAUGGCUAUAGGGCCCUUGGUCCUGUCAGACUACCUUUGAUUCUGUGAAGGAUAUCUAAACUUGAGAUAUUUUUGUGACUUGUUAUGGACUUCUGAAUUGUCUCUCCUCUGAUGCAACAUUGGAUAAACUCUGAAUAUUUGAAAAGGAUUCUGCCCAUUGUAUUUCACGCAUUUUCCAUAUAAUGGUAGCAAAAACUGUAGAAUUUCAACCUGUUUUCCCUUAAUCAGUUAGAAUAUAUGACUGUCUAUCCAUUUUCCCUGCCCCAUUUCAUACAUUUGGAACAAAACCUGUCAUUGAGUGUAAUUCUUUAUUUGUAGAAGUUGUGAAGUUCAGUAGCAGUGAUCUCAUUUUUUUGCUUUCCCAAUAUUUUUCAGAUGUGUAAAUCAGUUAAAGCAAGUAAGAUUGAUGGUAAAGUAGGCUUAAUUGUGUUAUCAGGUUUGCUUUAUGGCUGCUAAGAUGUCACAGAAUCUGGUGCCAGUUCUAAGUGCCUUUGCCCAGCUUCUUUGAAACUCUGUUACAUCUUGUAUCCAAAUGUGCUGUCUAUCUCAGUCUUCCAUUUUGCAGUAUACACAGUAUCUAACCUGCUUUUGUCUUUAAGCAAAGUGAAGUAUAAUUUUCAAAUAACUGCCCUGUCAAGUCUGGGAAUUGGGUGACUUCAAAGUGAACUGUCAGCUGUUAGUUUAAUUUGAUCUUAUUUAAAUAUGAAAGAUUUGGUGCUUUUUAAUUACUUGUACAUGCUUUUAUAGUAUAUUAGACAUGUACAUUUUUCUGUAAUGUCUUACCAAAAUUAGUUGAGCUGGUGUAGGUUUUUUCUUUCAAAAGGUUACUUUUAAACCAAAAGAGACAAAACAUGAUAAAUAAGGAAGUGCUGGUUAUGUACCUACUUAAAAGCAUAUGAACUUCUUUUGUAGGUUGAGUGGUUAAAUGGCUUGUUGGGACAUGUUAGAUGGUCAACAGGACAUUAUAGUGUCAGGAGUCCUAUAUACAGUAGUGUAUUGUAGGUGGGGGUUAAUGGUUAUAAGAAUACAUUUAUGUAUAUGAUAAAAUAUUAGAUUUAAGAAUUGCAACAAAUCAGCAGGAGCUUUGUGAUCAAAAAGAUCUCCAAAGAGUAUUCCUUUUUCUGAAGUUCAUAGGCCUAUUUUUGGAACAUGAUUCAUUCAGACAUGAACUGCUAAAUACGUUAUACCUUUUUGUAUUUGGGGUUUUUACUUGUAAAGAUAAUGUGGCUUGUGAAUUGAGUAUAUUUUUUAUAGGUACUGAUGGAGAACCCAGGAAAACAUUUUAACUUUUCAAUGUUACUAAAUCCUCUUCCAGUUUCUUUUUCAAUCCUUGGAGAGUGCUGAUUUUAGCUCUAUCCAAGUAGAGAAAAAAAAAUACUGUACAGCUUCUACAUUCUACACAGGCCUAGUGUUGUUUCUUGGGCUACGAUUUUUUAAAGUUUCUUUUGUAUUGAGUCUUAAAACUGUGUAUUUAUUGAAAGUGCUACAUUUCAAAUCUCGUGCGUUGAAAUGGAACUUUCUGCCUGGGCUUCCAUUUGUCUUGUAGCAUUUUUAAAAUUGUACACAAGUGAACAAUAAUUUUGUAGGAAUUGUAUAAAUUUGACAAUGCACACUCAAACAUUUAUUUAGCAGCUUGUACGCAGAGAUGAGCAGCAAGAUUACAUCGAAUCAGUUUGUAGUUUUGUAUUAAAUUUGUACUAGAAGUGCUAUUUUGAGAGGCCAUCAUAGAUUCUAAACUUAGCGCAAGUUCAAAUGUGUACUUGCAGCUCGAAUCCUAGGGAUGAGCAAUAAUAUUAGAUCAUUUUGUGGUUUUGUGCUCACCUUUGUAUCAGUACUAAUUAGAAAAGGCACCAUAAAUUCUAAGCUUCUAUUUUUAAAACUAAAUUCUAAAUUCAUUAAGCUCAACAACUUUCCACCUUUUUUAAAAGAAAGUGGAUUCUGGUGUAUGUCAUCUUGUUGAAAUUUAAUUACCUUUUUAAGUAAACAGCAAAGCAAGCAUAAUCAUUACUUUGCAUGAUCAUGUACAGGUAGUUAUACAAGUGAGAGGAAAGGUUGUAUUUUUAAUUUCUAAGAGUUGAUAAUCCGUGUGGUUCUCACCUACCAGUUAAACAAAUCAGUGUUGAAAUAAAACAAUGCAACAAAAAAUUUAAAUUUACUAAAUAUUUCCAAAUACUCCUCUGAGUAAAUGUACAGUUUUGCUUUUGCACAUGCAUCAUGAAAUCUUGCUGAUCAUGACCUUAAUAUCUUUAAAUAGCCAAAAUGUAUGCUUGGCAUACAUAGAACACUGACAUUUUUGAUAGUUGUUAAACAUGUAAUAUUAUUUUAUUAUAUAGUUCUGAUAAAUGCACACAUACUUCAAUAUAUAAUACAGUAAUGUUGAUUUUUUAGCUGUACCAGCAUGCCAGUAUAUGGAUACAUACAGUAAAUUCUGUUGCAUUUAUUUCUGUAUGUAAUACUUUCCAAUGGUUCAUGACGAUUCAUGUGGUAUAAAAUAUAUUCUUUGUGGUAAAA